AUGUUUCGCUUCUGCAAACGUGCAGAAAAUUAUGAAAGAACACCAUGUGGUGUGUGGAAUGGUGAUAAUUCAUGUAAAGUCAAGCUUUAUGAUCGAUUAUGCUUUGAUUUUCCGUUGAGUACUUUAUUACCCCAUCAAGCAUUAAUUUCAAUACCGAAGGAAAACUCUUCGCGGUUUUCCACACUAAUUUCACUCAUGUGCUCAACAAUUUUGACACCAAAUGCUUUCAAAGCUAUUUUCUUCUCUUUAAAACAGCAAAAACGAGUUGUGGUUGAAACAUCAUAA